ACGAUGGAAGGACGCCAUUUCCAAGAAGUUUUCAAUGUUGAAGUUGUGAAUUUUUUAUUGUGAUGAAAAUUGGAAGGAAAAUAUAAAUUGUGAAUCAUCUGUUGUACUCUGCCAGGAAGAACCAGUAAAAAAGGUAAGAUAACAAGUCUGUGAAAAUUAAGUGUUGAAACUUCAAACAGUUCCUCCCAAGAUUUGUGUUACGAAUCCAUGAAGUCAGUUUAGUUUGUUGCCGACUGAAAAGUUCAACGUUAAUAAUAUUGAUACAAGUACGCGAAAGACUUGAAGUAGUUCGUGUUGUGAAUUUGUUAGUUUUAAUGAAUCAGUUAAGUAACAAAAUAAUUGUAACCAUGUUCGAAGUACCUAGUAGCGCGAAGUGGUCUCAUGGUAUAAAUGAAGCUGUUCAUCUGGGAUCGAAGUUCUUGGAAUUCAAGAGAUGGAUUCAGAUGAUUCGAGAGGUGCUUCAUCAGAAAAUGAAAGUACCCAUAAAUCUAAUAGAAGUGUAGGGUCUAGGUCUAGAUCAGGUAGUAGGUCUGUAUCUUCUUGCUCUGUAAGUAACAAAAGUGAUCAUUCAAGUCGAUCUCAUUCUUCUGAGAAUGGAAGAAGUCGAUCAGCAUCAUCAGGUAGUGAAAUAUCUGAAACGAGAAGCAGACCCCAUUCUCCAAAAUCACCAACUGGUCAAAUACUAAAUAAUCAUCCAAGAUCUGCAUCUAAUAGUCCAAAAGGGUCAAUUGACAGAAAAUGGGACUCAAGAAAAUCAGAAUCACCAAAGAACAGUAACCAAAUUCCAGAAAGGAAUAUUACCAACUCUCCAAAUUGUGACGACAAAAAUCAGGGAUCAAGAUCUCCAAGUUCCGAUAUAGGUGAUAAUGAAAGACGGUCAAGACCAAGGUCUCCUGUAAACUCAGAAAAUUCAUCACGUUCAAGUUCUAGAGGGAGUAGUCCUCCGACUAAAAAAGAAUCUGAUAAGAAUUCUGUCAAAUCAGAGAGUAGUGUCAGUUCAAAGAGGUCAGGCCGAUCUUCUCGAACUUCAGGAAGAUCCUCUAAAAUGUCGAAAACAUCAAAACGAUCUAGUAGAAAAAAAUCUGAGGGUAAUACAUCUGAUUCAAGUUCCUCUAGUGCUGAGUCAAGUAGCAGGAAGCAUAUAUCUGGUAAUGCUGAUAUAGAACCUGAAGAAAUAUCUGAUGGAGACAUCGAAUCAGAAUAUGAAAAAGAACAACCUAAGGAGUUAUCUAAACCUCAUUCUGAAAUCAAUAUAUCUCAUGAAGAUUUAUCAGAUGUCUCUGAUCUUGAAGAUUCUUUAGGACAUUCUGAUGAUGACAAAGAUGCUAAUAUAGAAACAGCAUCUGAAGUUAAACAACAACAAAAUGAAAUUGAACAGAAAAGGGCCGAAACAGAUGUACAAAGGGUGACUGAUAAAAAUUGUAAAAACGAGCCUGAAGAAGGCGAAGAACAGUUGGACUUUGAAGCAGAAGAUGGUGAAUGUGGUGAGGUUGAAGAAACCAAACAGAAAGUGACAGACAUCCAAGUUGAACCAUUGGAAGAUGGGGAAAUGGAGGCUGAAAGUGUUGAAAAAGAGAAAAAAGAGACGAAAAAAAAGGAAGAUUUGGAAGAAGGAGAAGUUUCAGAUGAAGAUGAAGUGAGACCAGAAGAAACUGAACCUAGACCGGUAUGCAGGUUCUUUUCGAGGGGACAGUGCACAUGGGGGGCAAGUUGUAGAUUCCUGCAUCCAGGUGUGACAGAUAAAGGUAAUUAUACCAUGUUCGAAAUGGUUCAUCCUCUGGUACCUGGAGAGUAUAGUGGAGGCGAUAGAUAUGCGGCGAGACCUGACCCAGCUCCUAUUGAGUCAGCAUGGGAGAGAGGAUUGAGAACUGCCAAAGAGAUGCUACGAAAAUCAAUUAAACGGAAAGAGCAAGACAUAGACUUCGAAGAGAAAAAAAUGAAUUUAAGUUUAGCUCAGGAAGAAUUCGAUAAGGAAAACGGAUAUUAUGGAAGAGUUCCCUCGCCUGAACCAAGGUUCGUUAGCAGACAUCCUCCAGUAGAAUAUCCAGCACCUUCAAGACCCCCUGUCCCACCAGAUGAAUAUUACAAUAGAAGGCAGGUAGUCUAUGAACCCCCCGAGUACGCACCUAGAGAAAGAGUCCGACCGGCAUAUAGAGAAUUACCCACACAUAAAAUGCCUGAUUAUUACAAUAAUAAAUACGAGGAAGAGAGCAGUGGAAAAGUAAGUGAAUUGAGGAAACCUAAACGUGAAGUGAUAGUUCAUAGGGCAGAAAGAGAGAGGGAGAGGGAAAGAGAAGAUAGACCAAGCCGAGCAGAUGAUUGGUCCGAUCCUUGGAUGAGAUCCAAAUCUCCUGCGGGAAAAAGGAGUGGUAGAAAACGAUCGUACAGUUCAGGCUCGAGUUAUUCCUCCAGCAGCUCUACUAGAACCAGUACUUCUCGAAGUUCGUAUAGGUCCAGAUCUAGAUCCGUUCCCCGCAAGAGAAGAAGAUCUCGUUCCAAGAAGAGUAGGCAUGUAUCGCCAUCUGUUAUCGUGUCCGAGAGGAAGGCUGCCAACGAACGGGCAGCAAUGAUGAACCCGCCAGCACCCAGAAAGAGGGCUCCAUCCCCAGGUAUGAUAAGAGCAGUAACUGCUGCUAAUCCUCCUGCACCAGCAGAUCAAUUUGGAAGAACCCGGAGUAAGCUGGUUGCUGCCUUAGCAAGAGCACGGGGAAAACGAAGAUCUUCGAGAUCCUCUUCCGACAGUUCAGGUUCUAGUUCUAGUGACUCAGAAUCUUCUGCUUCUAGUAGUAGCAGCAGCAGAGAUGGCAGUCCAGCACCUAAAAGACCUGGAGAAUUAUCUUUGGCCAAAGCUAUGGAUGCCCUCAAAGGAAAUUCAGCAGAAAAACGCCAAAUCAAACUGAAUUUGAAAACUCCACUCAGUAGCAGAAAACCAGAGUUGGCUGAGCUUGCAAGGAAAGUAGAUCAGGCACAAUCGAAAAAGAGACCUGCAAUUUCACCACCUCCUGGAGAUCCGAAAAAUAAAAAAGCUGCAUCUAGGAGAGAAGAGCUACUCAAACAACUGAAAGCAGUGGAGGAUGCUAUAGCAAAAAAAAGAUCGAAAGUAAACUAAAUUCUGAUUUUAUUCAGAAACUGUGAAUUGUCCCAAGACUUCUAGAAAAAUUCUUCGACAAAAGUUUAGAAUUAUUUUAGUGAUACCGAGAAAAACAGUAAAUGUCUUUUGAGUGGUAAUAUUGCGGAGCCAAAUACAUUUUUUAUUCAGAAAAUAAGUUUCUUUUGACACCUUUAUUAAUAAAACCUCUGAAACUUAUACUCGUAUUGAAAAAUUGUGAAAAUCGUUUAAUUUUUAAUAUAGGCACUACAUGUGAAAGUAUAAUAAAUAUUUUUUUUCUCAAGUGUUUUUUCAUGUUAGUAAUAACUUUCUUGUAUAAUGCAAUCUUUUAAUUUUUACAUAUUAAUUUCUGUACUGACUGGACUUCAUUAGAUCUACAAAUGGAAAAAAUUAUUUGUUUUUUUUUCUGUCUUUUCUUGCUGAUGUAUUAGUAGGUGUUUUCUGAAUACCUCAACUACUGAAGCGACCUAUGCAUAAGCUUAACCAUAGCAGAAUUUCUAUUCAAAUUGCAUUGUGGUCUGAAUGAUACAACAUUAAAUUAUUUCAUUUCAAAUUCAACCAAACUUCACUCCUUAUGAAGAAAUGUAUGAUUGACAGCUUACUAUUAUACACUUGAAUCAGUAACCCUCAUUAUAAUAUUCCUUUUUCUGAGUCGGAAGUGAAAUUCAAUUGAACUUAUUCCAUAUUUCCCUCUGAAAUGAGGUCAAUGUCAACACGAUUUUCAUCUAUUUCUCAAGACAUAAUCGACAACUAAAUAUCUGAUUGUUCCAGUUUUAACUUGACGAAAGUUCAUUUUGAAAUUAUAUUAAAAACAAUAUUUUAAAGAAGUAGUAUGACGAAACAAUUAUCCUAGAAAUAAAAUAAGCGGAAAUAAAUACUGUAUUUAUUCAUAAUUUCAACAAUAAAUAAUGCAAACGGUU